AUGAGCGAUCCCCUAUCAGAUGUCAGUAAAUGUGCCAGGGAUAUUGUUUUGUUUCAGAUGUUGGGAAUAAAUACCAUUAGAGUGUACUCUAUCAAUCCUGAUUUGGAUCAUGAUAAGUGCAUGACACUAUUGGCUGCAGCCGGUAUUUAUCUUGUGCUGGAUGUGAACUCACCGCUUCCGAGCCAACACCUAAACAGGUAUGAGCCUUGGUCCACUUAUAACACCGAUUACCUUUCUCAUAUUUUUAGAACCGUGGAAGUUUUCUCAGGAUACAAUAAUACUUUGGCGUUUUUUGCUGGGAACGAAAUUGUCAACGACAAACUAUCUGCAAAAGUUUCUCCAGCUUACAUCAAAGCUGUUGUCAGAGAUCUCAAAGAUUACAUCAGCUACCAGUUGCCUCGUAAAAUUCCAGUUGGCUAUUCCGCAGCAGACGACUUGAGCUACAGAGUAUCGCUUGCCAAAUACUUGGAAUGCUACGAAAACAGCCCCUCCGAGAGUGUUGAUUUUUAUGGAGUUAACACUUACCAAUGGUGUGGAGAGCAGACUUUCCAGUCAAGUGGCUACAACAUUCUGGUUAGCGAUUACCAAGAUUACAGCAUUCCAAUCUUCUUCUCCGAAUAUGGAUGUAACGAAGUUCUUCCAAGACAAUUCACUGAAGUAUCCAGCAUCUACUCAAGCCAGAUGUCCUCUGUUUUCUCUGGUGGUCUUGUAUAUGAAUUUGCUCAGGAGCCUAAUAAUUAUGGCUUGGUUGAUUACGAUAAGGAUGGUAACGUUCUUCUCUUAAGCGACUUCCACGCUUUCAAAGAGCAAAUGUCCAAAGCACCUGACCCGCCAGCGCCUAAAAGGCCUACGCUGCAAACCCAAGGCAAAAGUGAUAGUGGACCAUUUGGCAAAGGGAGCCGCAACAGACAUCAAAAGAGUAAAGUUUGUGAGGUGCAAUAUCAAAACCUUGACAUCACAAGUGGUGUUCCUCGGUCACUUGGGGCUGACCUUAUCAGCAGUGGUGUGAGGAAGGCAUCAAAGGGCAAGUAUGUGUCAGUCACAGAAGAAGACAUGACAUCCAAGUAUAAAAUCUUUGAUGUGGAUGGCAAGCUAAUCCUGGAGAACGCGAAAAUCAAGGUGGUGCCCGAACCAAGGGUGGAAAGCAGUCCUAUUAUCUGGAAUAACCGUAAGUUGAAACUAUUAAGACCAAAGUAUGACGAUUGA